UCUUUUUGAACUUAUAUUCACCAAGACUCGUGUUUAAUUUGCAAAAAGUAGAUAACUUUAUGUAUUGGUUUACUUAUUUGAGCAAAAAGAUUACCUCUUUAAGCUUUUGGAUUGUCUGAAUUGCUUUUGGUUACUGAUUCCCCUGUUUUUGGAGUUGUUUGGAAUUGUGUGUAAGAGAGAAACUAGUGAUGGGUUUUGUUUGGAAAAAUGGUAUUGUUAUGAUAGUAAUGGUGGGAAUGAUUGGAGUGUGUAUAAAUGGAGAAAAUGAUGAAUAUGAAGGUGUUGUAGCUCCAAUGGUGAAAACAGAACAAGAAGCUCUUUAUUCUGCUAUACAAGGUUUUGUGGGUACAUGGUGGAAUGGCACAUAUCUUUAUCCUGAUCCUUGUGGUUGGACUCCUAUUCAGGGUGUGUCUUGUGAUCUCUUUGAUGGAUUCUGGUAUGUGACAGACUUAAAUGUUGGUUCCAUUCAUGAUAACUCCCUUUCUUGUGCCCCAAAUGCUGAAUUUAGCCCUUAUUUGUUUCAACUCAAACACCUAAGAUCACUUGCAUUUUUUAACUGCUUUGUCUCAUCACCAAAUGCCUUCCAUUCACAAAAUUGGGCUGUAUUUUCGGAUAGUCUAGAAUCUCUAGAAUUCAGAUCAAAUCCUGGGUUGACUGGAAACAUUCCAGCUUCUUUUGGGCAACUCAAAAAGCUACAAUCUUUGGUGCUAAUCGAAAACGGGUUAUCAGGUGAUUUACCAGACAAUAUUGGUAACUUGACUCGUUUGAAACGAUUAGUCUUAUCUGAGAAUCGGUUUACAGGCAAAAUAGGAGAUACUUAUGGAUCUUUGGGUGAGUUAUUGAUCAUGGAUUUGAGUAGAAACUUAUUAUCUGGAAAGUUACCUUCGAGUUUUGGAGGGUUGGUUUCACUAUUGAAGCUUGACUUGAGUCAAAACAAAUUAGAAGGUCAAAUUCCAAGUGAGAUUAGCAAUUUGAAGAACCUAACACUCCUUGACCUUAGUAACAAUAAGUUUUCGGGUGGGUUGACCAAGUCAAUUCAAGAAAUGAGUUCAAUAGAAGAGCUGGUUUUGUCAAGAAACCCAAUAGGAGGUGAUCUUAUGAACAUUGGGUGGCAAAAUCUACAAGGUCUCAUGGUGUUGGAUCUUUCGAGUACAGGUUUGACCGGUGAAGUACCAGAGUCCGUUUCUCAAAUGAAAAGGCUAAGAUUUUUGGGUCUUAGUGACAAUAAUCUUUCUGGUUAUCUUACACCUAAGUUGGCAGAAUUACCAAAUAUAACUUCAUUAUAUGUACAUGGAAACAAUCUCAUGGGAGAGCUUAAGUUCACAAAGGAGUUUUAUGGCAAAAUGGGUAGACGAUUUGGGGCUUGGAAUAACACAAACUUGUGUUUCCCGGUUGACUUGAUGCCUACAAGGUUUGGCCCGUUUGGUGUAAAGGCUUGUCAAGAAAACGAAGUCACAUUAGGUGAAGUUAGUCUUAGCGAUUUUGGUUCUAAGUCGAGUAGUGGGAAUCCUGAUUCUCAUUACCCGACUUCCUUUAGUUCCUCAAGAUAUAAGCCUAAUCCGGUUUGGUACAUGUUUAUGUUAGUUAUCAUCUUCGUGUAAUGGUUACACAAAGGAAACGUUAAUCUUGUAAUGUAAUAUAAGUCCUCUUUUUCACCAUCAAA